AUGACCUACCAAAUGUUUCUUGAGGAUUGGGGAGCGGAGCACGGAUUGCAGGCAGUCAGACCCAGGAGUCCGGCCCUUAAGUUGGAGGCUCCGCUCCCAGCUCCUGGGGACAGGCGGCCGCCGCAAGGCGGGCGCGCUUUGUGGCGUGCGCGGGUUCCAGGGCGGGAGGCGUGGAGGCGGGGCGGGGCCUCAGAGGCGUCCGCUGUCCCCCACACUCUGCCCGGCUUCCCAGGGCGCACGAACAGCCGCCUGGACUCGUUCCUGCGGAGGCACCUGCCGCCCCAGGUCUACGACGCCAUCCGCGCUUAUGAACCAUGCGUCGUGGUGUCUGAUUCAGAAAACUACACUUUCAAGUUCGUGGUGCUCAGCGACCGGCUCAUCUACCUGACCGAGAACCCGCCCAAGUCCAUCCGGCGGGUCGUGGCGCUGCGGGACGUGCGGGCCAUUGACCUGAUUGCUGAUUAUCCAGAAUUUCUAAGUGGUCCAAAUAGAGAAACCAACCAACAUAUCCGUAUCAUCUAUUCUUCAAAUGCUUUGAAAAAAGAGUGUGAAAAAUCAAAUGGUGUCAGGAAAUUCCUAUUUCCAUUUCAUCAUGCCAAUACUAAAAACAAAAAAGUCAAAGAAGAGAAGAAUGGCCGUAUCUUUUGGAGACAUAAAGAGUCUAGAAGUCUGAAUGAAUCCUCUCUCAGGUACCAGCAAGAGAGCAGCACAACGUCCAAGGAUUCAACUCUUUGUCCUCCUUCAGACAUCAAGAAGCUGCCCCUUCACGGGCAAGGUGCCUUCCGACCCUUACCUAUACUCUCUAAGUUCACACCAGCCAUUGGCAAGGCAGGUAGCAGUGUGCCAUCUUGCACAACAAACACAAAAGAACCGCAGGGCCUUCCAAAUCACAAAGACUCUCUAAAUGACACCCUUUUCACGAGUAAUGGAAAUGGAAAUGUGUUUUACUUAGGAAAUUCCUUCCAAGCCUCCUGUUUACAAAGCAACCCAAACCUGGAGAAAAAGGAGUCUGAACUUCAUUUGUACAUUGUUUCCACAAGCUCAUCGAUAUUUCUGCACUUAAAAAGUUCAUGGAACAAUUAUAUUAUAAAAGCUACUCUUUUACAAGACCCCCUAUAUGCUAGUGGGCUCAGUCCUGCAAUCGGAAGCCAGCAGCCAUACAGAUCUGAGGAGAAAAUUAAGCACUUUAGUCAACUUAAAUCUGAACUGUUUCUUAAAGACAAUACCUUGAGGAAGAUACUUUGUUUAAUUACAGAACUUAAAAUAGCAGCACAGAAAAACUUCAUCCUGAAAAAGCUUUUCUGGAAAACCAGUGACCUUUUCUAUUUCCUAGUGAACAAACUUCAUGAGUACUUGCCGGAGUCUAGGGAUAAGAAUGCACUUCAAAAUAAAAGCCAAAGGGCUGAUGAGCUGGUGGCAUGCAUUGAAAUUAUACAGACUCUGGGAAUGAUGUUCAGAGAAACAGAAACUGAGUUAUCACGCCUGAACACAUUGGCAGCUACAAAGGGAACACUAUUUAAUCUUUUGGUAAUUUUAAUUAGUGAGCCUCAGAUUCCAAAAUCUCAUCCUGUGUUUGAUAUCCAGUUGGUGGCUGAUUCAACUUUAGUUGAAAUGUCUUUUGAUGCUGAGUUACAGAAGCUUAUCCUGGAAUAUACAAAUACAGCUACAUCACUUUUAUAUGAGAUACUUCUCGUCUUUCAGCAGGGAAAUCUUGGGUUGGGAUCAACAAAGUUUGCUAUUAAUUGGAUGAUGUCCUUUCUACAAAGUCACCCUCCCAUAAUUACUUUUGUGGCCAGUAUUGUGAAACAAGUCAUGAAGGGGCUUUCAGCUUCAUUUCAGCUGCUAAGUCCCUGCCAAGCAGUUCUGUUGUACCAGCAAUUUUACAUCCUUAAGAGCUGCCUGCAAUACAGCAAGACUCUAGCUGAGUAUAUUAGAAAUGACUACAGAGAAGAAUUCAGGUACUUUAUUCACAUGCCAGCCUGAAGGCUCCCAUUGUGUUACCCUAUUACCCAACCUACCACUCAACUUAUUCAUGAAGUUCUGAACUUGGUUGAACAGAAACAAAGUGUAAAAUGUUAA